UGUGGUCACUCUGAGGGCGCAAUACUGUCUUAAAUAUACCCUCACAUCGGCAUAAUUUGAUGUUGCAUGCAUCACUGGUCACACUGACCAACAACUCCCUGCACUGACUGUCACUUUUAGGCGGUUGAAAUCAAACAAAUUAGACCAAGGGCCUAGGGACAAUUGACAGCAAAAUGACCGACCAAGUUCAUAUGAUAAUUGAUUGUGAUGUUGGAGUUGACGAUGCCCAAGCUAUUAUGCUGGCCCUAGCCAUGCCCAAUGUCGAGUUGGUGGCCAUCACCUGUGUAGCGGGAAAUGUUGACGUAGAUAAAGUUUGCAUCAAUACUCUCAAAGUACUUGAAGUAUGUGAUAGACUCGAUGUUCCAGUAUAUAAAGGAGCUACAUCUGCUAUACUUGGCAACAUUGAAAGAGCUGAGUUCUAUCAUGGUCAGGAUGGUAUGGGAGAUGCCGAUGGCAUUGCAGGACCUGAUUUGACGAUGAUCAAACAAGAAGUUGCAGCCAUUGCCCUGGUGAGGAUGGUGAAUGAAAGGCCGGGGCAAAUAAGCAUUGCUGCUAUUGGACCAUUGACGAACAUUGCAAUAGCUAUGAAACUGGACCCAAAUUUUACUCAAAAACUCAAAAAUAUUGUCAUAAUGGGCGGAGAGUUGGAAGGUAAAGCUGCAGCUUUUCUUACCUCGGAAUUCAAUUUCACUUGCGAUCCAGAGGCAAUUCAAAUUGUACUUAGUGGGAGCCAUUGUCCUGUAGAUUUACUGCCUUUCGAAGUUUGUACAAAUUAUGGAUUUUCAAGUGACUUCUUUGAGGAUUUGAUAUCCCACAACAGCAGAAAGGCUAAGUUUAUUAAGGCUAUCACUGCUGGUAGUCUGGAAAAAGACCUACGCAGAGCGGGUCAGUACAUACCAUGUGACCUGUACGCCAUUGCUUCUCUUGUGAAAAAAUCCUGCGUAACUAGGAGGGAUCAUGUGCACGUACAAGUUGAGUUGCAUGGUAGUUUAACACGUGGGAAAAUGAUAACUGAUUGGAAUAAGAAAGUUUCGCAGGACCAUAACAUAAACAUCAUUACAGAAAUGGAUAUGGAUAGUCUAAAAGUAAUGUAUUCAAAAACAGUGUAAAAUUUAGUUGUAGACAGUAUUCCUAUUUAUGUAAUUGUUAUUAUUGAUUUAAUCAAGCAUAGAAAUCAGGGAACUACAGUAUUUUAUUUAACAUAAUUUUGUUUUACUGUAUUCAGUGUGUGUGAUUCACCUAGCCAUGUGUGAACCUCAUGGAGUUAUUUUUGUUAGAGGCUAAUGGAGCAGUGUAAAUUAAUAGCUACCUCAAAAAAAUAGUAAAAUAGUCCUGAGAUGCAACCAAUGCUGGCAACAGAAAUAUGCCGAUAAAGGGUCCGACAUGUCCGACAACGGGGUCUGAUCCAAGAGGCUUACUAGAGCCUUGAUCAGGGUCCAGGAAUAAAAAUUCCUUGUAGGGUCCAUGGGAAGAGUUUUUAUGGCUUAGUAUGGCCCAAAACUGUGCUUUUACACCAUAAAAUUAAGGAUUGGUGAUCAAGAUAGGCAAAUUAACAUUUUGGUCUGACGACCUCAUCCAUAUAUUAAUAUCUUAAUUUUUAUAUUUAAGGAAGUUAAUUAAAUUAAAAUUGUGAAAACACUUUCUCUAUCGGUAUGAAAAUGUAAAUAAUAAUUUUUUCCUGUAUUGUUUUGCAUAGACCUUUAAAUUAGCUGUUAAUCAAUUUAAGAUUUUUUAUAGUAAAAUAUGUGUACUGUAGAUCAGCGAAAAAUAUUUUUUUUUAUCUGUUUCUGGUUGAAAGUUAAUAGUUCAUCUUUUCAAUGAGCUACAGUGCACCCUUCAAUUCUAGACCCCUCUAAUUCAAGGCCACUUUUUCAAAAAACAAAAUAACAAUCUUAAUUUUUUAACACAAAGCAAACCCUCUAAUUAGAGUCUGAACCUAUAGACACAGUAAAUUUCAAGUCCCAAAAGUGGUCUUGAAUUGGAGGGUACACUUCUAAUUAAUUUUUGAGAUUUUCCGAUCAGUAAAAGCAUUAUUUGUUCCCCAAUAAUGUUGUUUUGCCUGUCUAUCCUUGAGUCAUUUUGGUCUUGUGUCAGUUCGGCCUGAAAAGGGCUGAAAACGACUCAGGGAUAAAACAGGUGGAUUCUUAUUUAUAUUGACAGACCAUUAGGGAUGAAUACAAAAUGAAUGAUUGUAUAAAUAAAUUUAAUUAUAAUCUAUUAUUAGUCUAUUGGUAAAAGAUUAUGUUGAUAUACAGUAUUAUGUGUUGAUUCAAAUAUAGAUACAAAACAGUACUCUUACAAAAUGCAAUUGGUCAGACUAAAGCAUGAUGCACACAGUAUCAGCCAAUGGUCUGCCAAUAUAAAUAUCAAAAAAACAAUCAUUAUUAUUACUAUAAAUAGAAAGAAAUAGAUGUAAAUAAGCUGUAGGUGUACUGUAUCAAUAAAUCAAUUUGAACGUUUUUGGAUGUUUAUAUAA